CAUUAUGAAAUUUUUGAAAAACUAACCUCUUAUGAUUAUCGAAUAAGUGUGAUACAGUGCGAUUUAUAUGAGACAGGCGUGACAGGUUGUUGUUUCUGACGACUCGACGAUAUUGUUUGUGAAAUGGGACCUCCACCUGUAGUCACUGGGAUAUCGCCUAAAGAAGGCCCACCUGGCACUCGGGUGAUAGUUCGCGGAGAGUUUUUAGGAAAUAAAGCUCAAGACCUUUUAGGACUGACAAUAUGCGGUUGCGACUGCUUACUUUCGGCCGAGUGGAAGUCGUCCAACAAAAUUAUAGCAAGAUCGGGCCCUUGCAAGGGCCGCGGUGACAUAAUAGUGACCACUCGAAGUGGAGGACAGGGUACCUCAACGGUGCAGUUUCGUGGUUAUCAUGAGACUAUAGGCCCUAUGAAGGAAUCGGCUGUGUGGGUAGAAGAAGCUCCUAUGCAGAGUAUUGUCUGGGGUAGAAGGACAUUGUCGCCUACAAAUUAUCAACAAGAAGAUCCUUUGGGUCUCAGUGUAGAAGGCAAUGAUAAAAAGUUUCCUGAGGACGAAUUGAUCGAACUGUUUGGAGAUGGCAGUGGAGAUCUGACGAGCGAAAAGUUUCAUCCUGGGUGGUUUUUAUUACAGCAUCAUCAUGCCACCACUUUAGAAGAUUUGAAAGCCGGCCUGGCUUAUCUCAGAAGAAAAGUCAACUCCCAAAAAGAGGGGCAACUGUCAUUUCUUAAGGCUAAUGUAGGAGCAGUGAUGGAGCAACUUGAUACAAUAAUGUCACUAAAGGACCAGUUUGAAGCAGAUAUGAAAAGCUACGGUAACGAUUCUACAGAGAAAUUGGAGAAAGCUAUUAAACAAUCCAUGUCGGAGGCUAACAAGCUAUUUGACGAUGUAUUGGCAAGAAGGGAUAGAGCGGACGCCACGCGUAACGCACUGGCUGUAAUGCAACGUUACAAGUUUCUCUUCUGUAUGCCAAUAAACAUUGAAAGGAACAUCAAGCGUGGCAAUUACGAUCUGGUGAUUAACGACUAUGCCAGAGUUAAGAAUCUCUUUAAGAAUACAGAAGUGGAAGUUUUUAGGAAAGUACUGAAGGAAAUUGAUGAUAGAAUUAGUAACUUUAAAGUAUUAUUACGAAACAAAUUGGAAGAGAUGCCGUUCAGUUUGGAAGAGCGCAAGAAGAUCAUCAGAAACCUCGUCAAUCUCGAUGUCGAGGGCGAUCCAGCGUGGGAUGCAAUAGUUUCACAUGCAAAUUAUCUGGAGAAAAGUAUCGUUAGUGCUGUACAUGAGCAUCUAGACACACACUCGGCCAAGAUUAAUAGCGACGAUACGAACAAAUCGUCCAAGUCUACAUCGACAAAUAUUAAGCAUUUGCAGAAGAAUAAUUGUAACAGCUCACCAUCACAAAUCUUGUGUGUCGAAGCAGUUUGCGAUAUCGUAGUGGAACAAUUGCCAGACUUAUGGAGAUUGGGACAAAGUUACUUCACGGGACAACUACACGUGGCAGUAGAUGUAGAAAAGCAAAGUCACUUUAAGAAUUUAGUUUUAUCGAGUAUGCAACAUGCCAUGGAGGCUAUGAAAAAUAUAUGCAGUCACGACGUGGAAGCACCGUGGCUUCUACACAUUUUACGUUGCGUCAGGCAAAUGUACGCGUCUCUGAUACAUCUGGAUUUGCCUAGCGAUGCCCUCGAUAUUUUCGGAUCGUUUAUACUCGAUUUGAGAAUACAAUGUCUGGUUGCUCUCUUUAAACAAGGAGCGGAUGAUAUAACGGCUCUAAGCCGAAAGGAAAUAUGGCAGAUAGAAUAUCUAAACGAAGACGGUGGCGUUACAAAAUUGCCGUACCUGUUCGAGGAGAUUAUUUUGGAAAUAUCGAAGCACGCGCGUGAGACGAUAGUCGCCUGUGGUCCAAGAGAAGGGCCUCUGUUCAAUAAUACGGCCCACCAAAUGCUCUAUCACAAUAAUAUUAAAACGUUAUUUACGUCGUUUACGCGAUGUCUACAACAAUUGGCGUUUAGCGGUUGCGAGGAAGCUAUGGAUAAUGAUGAAACGUCAGUUUCACAAUUGAUUGGUUCACCAUCCGGUUACAAGAGCAAAACCAACAAAUAUCAAGGACCGACAUGGGAGCAGUGUCUUUUAAUAUCGCUGAGCAAUAUACGAUACACACUAAAUGCCGUUUUACCAAGAAUUGGCGAGUUUCUAAAAGUCCAAGGCUACCCGGAAUUAUCCACCGCGGUCGGAUGGAAUUCAGAUUGGACGCAGUUAAAGACGCUGGAUAACGCCGUUCUGGAUGCAUAUCUAGAACGACGUUGCGAUCCGCUUGUUGGUACGAUUGAACCUAGCAUGUACUUGGGCGGUUUGGAAUGGGACUUCGAUGCUGAGCCGACGCAUUUAAAGCCGUACGCCCAAGAGAUACUGGCAAACUUAAUCGCGGUCCAUGCGGAGGUACGCCGAGUUGCGCCGGCGUUGUUGGAGCGGAUUCUGUCUCACAUAGUGGAGACUAUAGCGGAGGAACUUGCACGGCUCAUGUCGUGCGUCACGCAGUUUCGUCCAGCUGGAGUUAUUCAAGCACGAACGGACAUAAUACUUUUGAGAAACGCUCUGCAGGCUUACAGUACGAGCAGAGCGAGAAGUUUUUUCGAAGAAGCUCUGGACGCGAUACCGCAACCAGCGAACAGGGAAGAUCACACGCGAAUAGACGCCCUUUUGUCAAAGAUCACUACGUGCAUGCGACUACAACUGUUGUGUCUUGUCAGCGAAGGAACGGAAAAUAUUCGUUACCUGACAGCAGAUCCCGAACGCGUUACCACCGUAUAACGCGCAAUGACCAAAGUAUCUUGACGAUCAGCGGGUAUGUGUUAUAAUUUAUUCAACAUUCUAUCAAUAUAUGAAUUAUCUACGCGAUAUACUAUACAAUGGACACGGAACGCAAAAACUUAAACCUGAUUUAUCCCUGCCGCAACUUACGUUCAGCGUCCGUUGUAGAACAGACUUUCUCGCUGUCCACGAUGUCGUCUCUUCCAUCUCUUACGUGAUAAUACGUGAUAAAAGCCAAAAUGCACGAGUAAAGUAAAAGCACAAUAAAAUUCGCACAUGAAGCUUCGAGUAAUAAAAAAAGAAAAUGUACGACCGUUAUAUAUAUAUGUAUAUAUAUAAAAUAACAAAUGUGUGUAAAAAAAGGAGAGAGAAAGAGAAGGAGGAGAAGCAGGAAGUUGGACGAGAGAAAGAGAUGCUAUAUGUUAGACCUUCUCAAUUAAUUGCAACGUACCAACAUCCGCAGCUAGCAAUACAGUGUCACCUAAAAAUAGAGAAACGUCGUGUUAUUCACAUAAGAUUGAGAUUAAUAUACAAUAAGUUAAAGAUAUUUCUCUUGCAGAAAUAUCGAUACAGGUAAUUCAGAAAAUAUACAAGUUUUAUUUAUUUGACAUGAUAUAUGCAAAUUGUAGCUAUGAUUAUUACCCGUUUGAAAAAUUUGCGUUGCAUGUUUGGCUCCAACGAUGCAAGGAAGACCAUACUCUCGCGCCACGACAGCACCAUGACUUAUAAGACCACCUAAUUCCGUUACGAUGCCGCCUAAUAGCGGAAAGUACGGGCUCCAACCGAUGUCGGUACAAUGUGUGAUCAGAAUAUCUCCGUGUUGUAUACUUUUCGCCUCAGACAGAUCCGUUAUUACGCAUGCUCUGGCCAUUAUAGAACCGCCGCAAACCGAGGUACCUUCAACUUUGGUGCUGCUUUCAUAAGAUGCGGCGUCAAGUGUUUUCUGUAAUGAGAAAUUUCACACGUAAACUCGAGAGAAUACGAUAAAAAAAAAAACAAAGGAACACAGUAAUUGAAUUAAUGAGAACUUUCAACGACAAACCUGUAUUGGCAUGGGCAUACCGACGCAAAACUCUGGAUACUCCACCUUUGAUACUUGAUGAUAAAGUUUCCUUCUACGUAACGCCCUAUAAGAUUACAAGCAAAAUUGUAUAAAAAAAAAGAAUAAUAAAACAGAGAAGAGAAAACAGAAUGCUACGGCACAAUAGUACAAUACGAUAUGAUAGAUAUCUCAGUAACAAUGAACUUACUUUCGCACGAUUAAUGGAUUGCAAUGGUUGUCCAAAAGUUGCGCAAUCUCAUGGUUCGUCAGGAAAAAUAUGAGACUUUCAUCGGGUAUGUGAUUUUCCUUCACCAUCAAAGUACCAAGUCGUCUAUAAGCCAUUCUCAUUUUAUGUACAGCGGACACCGCAAAGUUUUUCGUCAUUUCUCUGCGGGUAACAGCUUUACGAGAAAGGGGUAUCACCUUUUGUAGAACCCACUUGGUGAACGAGAGCAUGGGUGUUUUCAGAGACGCUAUGGUUUCUUGAACGCUGAGCGUUUUGCUCACGUAAUUCUCUUCGAUGGAUGUUGCCAGUGACUAAAAGUAAUAUGAAAACAAAUAAAUUAUAUACACGCGUACACUCAUCGCAAAAAUAACGAGAAUAGUGAGUUAUCUCAUACUUGUAUCGUGCUAAUGAUACUGUCAGGUUUAAGUAUCCACGGUUCCGAAAUGAAAUCCAGUUCCUGAACGCAUCUAUGACCGUGUUUAUCGUAAAAGGCCUGUAGUUUUUCCGCAGCUAAAGGACAAUUAGACUUUAACCAGUCUACAGCACUUGCUGUUUCGACCUUGGCAAAGUUUUCCGCCUUGCCACUUUUCCGAAUGCACGCUGCUAUUUUGCCGAGAGCUAUCGGCACUUCGGUGCUGAUAACAUCGGUGCAGGAACUCAACAGAAUAGCAAUAUCCGCGAUAUGUUCGGGUGUGAUAUCUUCACUUUUCGCCGUCAAAAGCGACAUCGCUAGCAUCUGAUAACAGACGCUCACUCUCGAUGUGUGAGUAUGAUACAUUCCUAGC